UGUUCCUCUAUAAUUACCGGACAAUUCAUUUUGACCCUUCAGUUCCUUCAGUCUCUCCUAGACCUGCUACUUUACAGGGCUCCCACGGUCAGGUCAGGAUGGACGCCAUCAAGAAGAAGAUGCAGGCAAUGAAGGUGGAGAAGGACAAUGCCAUGGACCGGGCAGAUGCCUGUGAGCAGGCAGCAAAGGAUGCAAAAGUAAGAACGGAGAAGGCUGAGGAGGAGGUUGCUGAGCUUGUUAAGAAGUCCCAGCAGCUGGAGGUGGAUCUUGACAAGACCACUGAGCAGCUGCUUACCACCACACAGCAGCUUGAAGAGAAGGAGAAGGCUUUGAUGGCAGCUGAGCUUGAAGUGAACGCUCUUAACCGAAGAGUUCAAGGUCUUGAGGAAGACCUGGAAAAGAGUGAGGAUAAACUUCUUAUUGCAUCUCAGAAGCUGGACAAAGCAUCAACAGCUGCUGAUGAUUCCGAGCGUAUGAGGAAAGUUCUGGAGAACAGAGCUAUCCAAGAUGAGGAGAGGAUGACCAAGUUGGAAGAAGAGCUGAAGGAGGCCAGAAAUCAUGCUGAGGAUGCAGAUAAAAAGUACGACGAGGUUGCCAAAAAGCUGUCUCAGGUAGAAGGUGAUCUUGAGAGGGCAGAGGAGAGAGCAGAGACCGGAGAGACCAAGAUCAUGGAGCUGGAAGAGGAGUUGAGAGUUGUCGGUAACAACUUGAAGUCCCUUGAGGUCUCAGAAGAGAAGGCCAACCAAAGAGAAGAGUCCUACAAGGAACAAAUUAAAACUUUGACCGCUAAGCUGAAGCAGGCUGAGGCCAGAGCAGAGUUUGCUGAGAGAUCUGUACAGAAACUGCAGAAGGAGGUUGACCGGCUUGAGGAUGAGCUGUACCAGGAGCAGGAGAAGCUUAAAGCAAUCACAGAUGAGCUAGAGCAAACCUUUGCAGAGAUGUCAGGAUACUAGGUGUCAGAUGCUCUGUAAAAGAAAACUAUCUACUGUUACCUCAAAGCCACUAAGAUUAUUGUACUGUACUGUUUUCCUCUUUGUAAAUGUUUAUAAAUAAUUGUUCAGGUUGCAUUUCUAUAUAUGUCUUGUCUAUCGAUUACACAAAAGAAAAAUAAAUUGUUCCGUAAAUUA